AAUACCCUCUAGCUCCAUCCAUGUUGUUGCAAAUGCUAGGAUUUGUUUUCUUCUUAUAGGUGAAUUAUAUUCCAUUGUGCAUAUGUAUCAAAUCUUUUUUAUGCAUUUGUCUACUGAUAGACACUUAGUUUGUUUCCAUUUCCUGGCUGUUGUAAAUAGCACUGUGACAAAUAUUGGGGUGCAUCUGUCUUUUUUCAAACUGGGCAGCUGUAUUCUUAGGGUAAAUUAGUUGGUUUGGAAUUCCUCGGUCAAAUGUAUUUCUAUUUUGAGCUUUUUGAGUAACCUCCAUAUUGCUUUUCACAAAGGUUAAACGAAUUUACAUUCCCACCAACAGUGUAGAAGGAUUUCCCUUUCUCCACAACCUCACCAACGUUUGUUGUUGUUUGUGUUUUUGAUGGCGGCGAUCCUUACUGGUGUGAGGUGAUAUCUCAUUGUGGUCUUUAUUGGCAUUUCUCUGAUGACAAGCAAUAUGAUGCAUGAUUUCAUGUGUCUAUUGGCCAUCUGAAUUUCCUCUUUGGAGAAGUGUCUGUUUAGCUCCCAUGCCCAUUUUUUAAUUGGAAUAUUUGCUUUUUAUUUGUUGAGCUGUGUUUGCUCAUUGUAUAUUUUGGAUGUCAACCCUUAACCAGAUCUGUCAUUUAUGAAUAUAUUCUCCCAUGCUGUAGGAUGUCCUUUUGUUGUGUUGAUGGUGUUCUUUACUUUACAGACGCUUUUAAGCUUGAUAUAGUCCCAUUUGUUCAUUUUUGCUUUUGUUUCCUUUGCCUGAAGAGAGACGUUCAAGAAGAAGACGCUCAUGUUUAUGUCCAAGAGAUUUUUGCCUGUCUUUCUCUAAGAGUUUUAUGGUUUCAUGGCUUAGAUUCAGGUCUUUGAUCCAUUUCAAAUUUACUUUUGUCUAUGCAUUAGACAAUGAUCCAUGUUUCUUCCUAUUUUGCAGCCAUCACCUCGGCCUUUGCAGCUAUGACCCUGACCACCACCAGCGGGACCAGUACCUCAGUGUUCGGUGGCACUACGUUAACGCCCUUCACGUCCAGGGUGUCAGCAGGGCCCGCUGGCAGUGGAGGUUUUGUGAUCAGUAUGGCUGCCCCCCACAACAGCUCCACCACUGGCUCAUUCAGAUUUGGGUCAGGACGGACUGGGAGAACUGGUCUCAAGAACCCUUUCUGGGGAUCCUUGAAUCCAGACUCCCUGGGUGCAGCUGGCCAGAGCACACCCUCUACCAUCCACGUGGCCAGGACACCUCAGGACACGUCUGAGAUUGCAGCCAUCACCUCGGCCUUUGCAGCUAUGACCCUGACCACCAGCAGUGGGACCAGUAGCUCUGUGUUUGGCGUUACCACCUCAUUGCCCUUCACGUCUGGGGUGUGAGCAGGUCCCGCUGGCAGUGGGGGCUUUAGGAUGAGCAUGGCUGCCCCCCACAGCAGCUCCACCACUGGGACAUUCAGCUUUACGUCAGGACGGACUGGGAGAACUGGUCUCAAGAACCCUUUCUGGGGAGGGUUGAAUCCGAACUCCCUGGAUGCAGCUGGCCAGAGCACACCCUUUCCCUUCCACACGGCCAGCACGCCUCAGAACACGUCUGGGAUUGCAGCCACCACCUCGGGCUUCGGAGGUAUGACCCUCACCACCAGCAGUGGAACCAGUAGUUCUGUGUUUGGCAGCACUACCUCAUCGCCCUUCACGUCUGGGCUGUCAGCGCGCCCUGCUCACAGUGGGGACUUUGGGUUGAGCGUGGCUAACCCCCACAGCAGCUCCACCACUGGGGCGUUCGGCUUUGGGGAGGACAGAGUGGGAGCACUGGUGGCACGACCCCUUUCUGGGGUGGCUUGAGUAAGAACUCCCUGGGUGCAGCUGGCCAGAGCACACCCUUUCCCUUCCACGUGGCCAGCAUGCCUCAGAACACGUCUGUGUUUGCACAUCAGAUUUGGUAUGGGCUCGGUGUCGGAGUCCAGCUCCAGCUGAGGUGUGGGUCACGAAGGAAAGGACAGUGUCAGCGAGUGAGAUCAAUGAGGAGACGAAACACCCAAUUAAAGUUGUAACAUCUCCUGA